AUGUCUAUGUCACAGCGGGAACGGGAACGUGGCUCAGGCCCAUUACCAAACCGUUGGCUGUAUUGUCCCCGGAAAAGUGAUACAAUUAUUUCCGAGCGGUUUCUCGCCUUUAAAACACCUCUAAAUGAGUCCUUCCAAGACAAAAUGCCCAUUGAAUGCACCUUUCGUCCCGAGAUGGUAUUUGAUUAUUGCAAGACAAUCAAGCUAAAGCUGGGACUGUGGAUUGACUUGACAAACACGAAACGCUUCUACGACCGUAGCACAAUCGAGGAACGGGGUGCCCAGUACAUUAAGCUGCAGUGUCGCGGUCAUGGUGAGACACCAUCCCCGGAGCAGACGCACAGUUUUAUUGAGUUGGUUGACAACUUUAUUAACGAGCGUCCCUUUGAUGUCAUUGCUGUUCACUGUACGCACGGAUUUAAUCGGACUGGGUUUCUGAUUAUCUCCUAUAUGGUGGAGCGACUGGACUGUUCUGUAGAAGCAGCAUUAGCUGUAUUUGCCAAUGCCCGACCGCCGGGCAUAUAUAAGCAGGACUACAUCAACGAGCUCUUUCGCCGCUACGAGGAUGAGGAGGAUGCUCCCCAGGCUCCAGAACAACCCAAUUGGUGUCUGGAAUACGACGAUAGCAAUGGCAACGACGACGUCGCUGGCCAUGACGUCAGUAGAAAGCGUCGCUACGACGACAGCUGCUCAACCUCCCAACAAGCUGCGGCGGCAGCAGGAAGCGGCAUAUUUCCCGAUAAAGAUGAUGAUGCUGCUGAUGCGAGUGCAAAUGCGAAUGGGGAGGACGGCGGCGGGGAGGCAGGCGACGCCUCACAGAGCAAGAAGCGAAGACGCGAGUUGAUUGUUAAGAAUGCCGCAUUUAUGUUUGGUGUACCCGGCGUACGGCAUGUUGCUGAUCAGCCUCGUCUCACUGGGUUACAACACAAGGUCCAGGACUGGUGCAAGUGGCAAAAGAAUGGUUUUCCCGGCGCUCAGCCGGUAUCGAUGGAUAGGAACAACAUCAAGAGACUCAGCGAGAUGCCGUAUAGAGUGUCGUGGAAAGCAGACGGUACACGAUACAUGAUGCUGAUUGAUGGACGCGAUGAGGUUUACUUCUUUGAUCGCAAUAACUCAUGUUUUCAGGUUGAGAAUGUGACAUUUGUGCAUGGCAAGAACCUGCACGAACAUCUGGAUGGUACGCUCUUGGAUGGUGAAAUGGUUUUAGACAAGAUUGGUGAGACUAUAACGCCGCGCUUUCUUGUAUACGAUAUUGUUCGCCUGGCUGGACGUGAUGUACGAGAAGAGUUCUUUUAUCCGCAUCGUCUGGAUUACAUAAAAAAUGAUGUCAUAGGGCCACGUAUCCUGGCUAUGAAGCACGGCAUCAUCAAUCGCGCAUUGGAGCCCUUCAGCGUGCGCAACAAGGACUUUUGGGAUAUACGUACUUCAGCCCGAUUACUGGGUGAGAAGUUCUCCCGUUCGCUGGCCCACGAACCUGACGGCCUUAUCUUCCAACCCUCACAGCAGCCGUACACAGCCGGCGUUUGCGUCGACGUCUUCAAAUGGAAGCCACAUGAGCUGAACUCUGUAGACUUUCGACUAAAGAUUAUCACAGAGCGUGGCGAGGGUUUACUGACCAAAAAGGUUGGCUUUCUUUAUGUGGGCGGACAUGACGCGCCUUUUGGGCGCAUACAAAAGCUUACAAAGGAAAUACGUGAGCUCGAUAACAAAAUUGUUGAAUGCACGAGGAAUCAAUUUGGAAAUUGGGAGUUUAUGCGUGAGCGUAUGGACAAGAAGUUGCCCAACAGCUUUAACACGGCAGUUUCCGUCGUGGAGAGCAUUAAACAUCCUAUAACUAAGGAUUAUUUACUAAACUUUAUAGCAAAUUUCGGCUUCCGCGAUGAUCAUACAAUGAUGCCGCCACCAACCGCCCAACGACGCUAGUGAUGCACCAUAUCGACAACAUAAAGACCCACACAAUAGUAAAUAAAUAAAUCAUAAUUAUUUCAA